AUGUCAAACCUAAAACGCAUCUCCAUCCUCCCCAACCCGUCCUGCGAGCGCGCAGGCCUAAAAUCCUACGCCUCCCUCCUCCGUAAAUACGACUUCGCGCCCACCACCGAAGGGCCCUUCCAAGUCCUCGACGUCGCCACGAAAUCCGUGAAGAACCUGUUUAAACCCGCGGCUAAGAAGGAAACCAAACCGGUUCUGCGAAAGAUUGAAGAGGAGGGCAAACCGGGGGAGGUCAAAGCAGAAGAUCAGCAGAAUGAUGCUUUGUAUAUCUGUCCUGUGGAGAUUGGAACGCCGCCGCAAGUGAUGAAUUUGCAUUUUGAUACUGGGAGCAGUGAUCUUUGGGUGUGGUCUACUCUGCUGGAUCCUGCGACGAAGAAGGCGGCGGUGAAUGGAAAGACGAAACAUAACGUCUUUGAUGCAAAGGCUAGUGAGACGUUCAAGAAGGUUGAGGGUGCGAGUUGGAGGAUCAGGUAUGGGGAUGGCUCCACAGCAUCCGGCAUCGUCGGCACAGACAACGUGACCCUCGGCGGGCUAUGCAUCGAGAACCAAGCGAUUGAACUCGCCAACAAACUCAGUCCGCAGUUUACUUCCGGCGCAGGAGACGGGCUGUUGGGUUUAGGAUUCGAACAUAUCAAUACUGUAAAGCCGAAGAAAGUGGCAACGCCUGUUGAGUCGAUGAUCUCCCAAUCCGACAUCCCCUCCUCCAGCGAGCUCUUCACCUGCUACCUCGGCUCCUGGCGCGACACCACCGACGCCGAUCACGGAGAAUCCUUCUACACAUUCGGCUACAUCGACGACACCGUCCUGUCCCGCUGCGGCGUCUCAGAACCCCACUACGUACCCAUCGACUCUUCACGCGGGUUCUAG